AUGGGUAAGAAGCGGAAAAGACCUAUCAAGGACCGCGGGCCCACGUCCUCGUCUCACAUGGGUAUCACCACAUCUCCCCGCCGUUUCAGAAACCCCCAUGCGCCAAUUUCCCUGGGAACAAAAACAAGCCAUCCCGUUAUCUCCCUGUACUACCGACAGGUCGUACCCUUGCGGGAGUACCUGCUCCAGCAACUUCCCGUGACCUCCAAGUCGCGUCGGCGCCGUAUCCUGACACUGGACUCGCGUGAAGACCAAGAGACCAAUGCACAAUCCCAAACAUUGGCGGAGCUGCUAGACUCCACCCUGGUGGGUGUACUCAAGGACUCUUCUCCGACUCUCAAUUCGGAGCGACAAAAGCAAUACUCCUCUUUUAAUGAGUCUCAAUCGCGGUCGAUUCUCAUCAGCACCGAUACGGGGCCAACCUGUCCGCAGUCUGAGGUGGUUGAUUUUGUGAUCUGGAAACUUUUCAAUAAUAACAAUGGCUCAAAGCCCCAGCAUCUGCUGACGCAUGGCUUCCAACGCCCGUCUAUGGUGCAGAAUGUUCAACAAACCAAUAUUCCAGGCAUUGUGUCUCAGUUUCCGAAUCAGAAUGUUCAGGUUCUCAAAGGCGGUGCAUGGGCAGAGGUCCUUGACUUGCUUGGUAGCAAUGGGGAGGAGAUUAUGAUGCAGCUCCUUUUCGAUUGUGGAGUUUUCGCCGCUAUCAACGCUCGAAAGGGCAUCUACUACCAACUCAGCGGUAUACCGCUCUCGGACCUUGAGCCUUUAAGCGAUGCGUCCUCAAGAGCCAAUAAGUCUGCUGCCAUAGCACAGGACCCGAUGCCUACAAGUGACCCGAGACAUACUAAAGAGAAAGCUGAGCGCAAACAGAACUCCGACAAGACACUCCGAAGUCCAAACAGCAUUGUGUUUCUACGGCGGCGUAUCCUCUAUGGGCGUGUCGAGUCCAAAAAGAAAGUACCUUGUGGAUUAGGACAGACACAUGUUCUUAGCCGCUUCUCAUCGCUUGAUUCAAUGGCGCAAACGGUCCAUGUAAUGAAGUACAUCUUUCCCCGGCAAUUUGGCCUUCUGAAUGUGUUUACGUCGGACUCGGAUGGACGCAACACCAUGGAUGACUCCAAGCGAUUCAUAUUUCGUGAGAGUGAGAUAUCUCGUCUGGAAGAAGCCAAAAGACUACAGCGGCCCCAGCCAGAGAUUGAAUUCGCAGAUGCAGAUCAUGGCGUGAGAAGUUGCAAGGUACCUAAGAGGCUUCGUGGAAUUACUAUAGAGCUUGUCCGGAAGCUCCGGAACCGCAACGCACAAUGCCCCUACGGAGAGUUGCUGCGGCACUAUUGUCCAACCGAACAAACCGGACCCAGCAGACUUGGCGCACUUGCGUCCACCCCAGAUGCCAAAAAAAGCGAGCCUAUCUCUUCUCUCCAGUCGGCUUUAGUAACACAAGUGCGAAUUAACCAGCCAUCGCCAAGUGGCAGUUCGGCGCAGACCUCAUGUGAAGUCUUGAGAUCAGAGCCGCACACGGCUGUCGACGCAUCUUCUGGAAUCAAUUCUAAGGAACCGGCGAGUCGAAAAGCUCCAGUCAAUCUAACUGAUUAUGCGACCCCGGCGUCUUCUGUCUCAGCAUUUUGUCGAGCGGUGAUCCAGAAAUUGAUCCCCCGACAGUUUUGGGGAGCUGGUCCGGAUGGUAUUUCGAACUUUAAGCUUGUUCUCAGACAUGUUGACCGGUUUAUCAAAUUGCGCCGAUUCGAAAGUCUAAGUCUGCAUGAAGUCUGCAAAGGCGUCAAGAUAACAAGCAUUCCUUGGCUGGGGCCACAGGUCCAGACGACUUCAACGUCUGAGACAAGAUCGAAGAUAGCCCUGUCUGACUUGCACAAACGCACCGAAUUAUUCCAUGAAUUCAUCUUUUGGAUUUUCGAUUCAAUUCUGAUUCCUCUCAUUCGUUCGCACUUCUAUGUCACCGAGUCUCAAACGCACCGAAACCGACUUUUCUAUUUUCGCCAUGAUCUGUGGCAGCAGUUGACCAAGCAACCCUUCGGGGACUUGAAGGCAACGAUGUUCGAGGAGCUCGAACCAGAUCAAGCCCAACGUGUGCUGACACGGCGGUCACUUGGUUUUGGUGCUCUCCGGUUGCUUCCCAAAUCUACAGGCCUCCGGCCCAUCCUGAAUCUUCGCAAACGAGCCUGGAAGGAAUCGUCAUGGGGGAAAUCGAAAACGUACCUUGCCGCCAGCAUCAAUUCAAGUAUUACGCCUAUCUAUAACAUGUUGACCUACGAGUGCCAGCAAGUUCCAGCCAAAUUGGGCUCAUCAAUGCUCUCAAUUGGAGACAUGCACCGCCGCUUGAAGGCGUACAAAGAACAAUUGUCCAAAGAACUGCCCUCGGGUCAUAAACCUUGGCAGUCCAAGCUCCCACAGAUGUACUUUGUCAAGCUUGACAUCAAAGCUUGUUUUGAUACCAUACCCCAGGAAAAGUUGCUUAAUCUUAUCGCAGAGCUGGUCUCUGAAGAGAGCUAUCACAUCUCAAACCACGUCGAAUUCCAACCCCCUCUUACUGCGAAACAAGGAAAGCCCACCCGAAGAUUUAUGAGCCGCGCUGCGCCUGCGAUGAGACCGCAUCACCUACCGGAUUUCGUCAAUAGUGGAGGUGCGGCGCGAAAGGCCAACACCGUUUUCGUUGACACUAUGCGUCAAAAAGUCCAAGAUGCGGAUAGUCUCCUGGACCUCCUCAAUGAGCAUGUCCGGCACAACCUCGUGAAGAUAGGCAAGAAAUAUUUCCGCCAACGCAACGGCAUCCCUCAAGGCUCCGUACUAUCCAGCGUCCUUUGCAAUUUCUUCUACGCCGAACUAGAGCGAGAGGUACUGGGUUUUAUCAACGAGGAUUCUCUACUCCUGCGACUUGUGGAUGACUUCCUCCUGAUCACACCAGAUGCAGUCGUGGCAAUGCAGUUCCUGGAAGUAAUGAUCCGAGGCCAACCAUCUUACGGCGUACAAGUCAAUCCAGCCAAAAGUAUGGCCAAUUUCAGCGCAACGGUUGACGGGAUCUUGCUCCCCAGACUAGAAGGGACCCAGUUAUUCCCGUAUUGUGGUAGUCUUAUCGACACCCGUACCCUUGAUAUCCACCGCGAUCGAGACCGCAUCCUAGAAGGCGGAGAGUCAGCGGCUGCUACUCUUUCCAACACCUUAACCGUCGAGGCCUCCCGUUUCCCCGGCCGCACCUUUCACCGCAAAGUGCUCUCCUCAUUCCGCCUGCAGCUACAUCCUAUGUACAUCGAUGACGGACACAACUCGCGCACAGUUGUACUAGCCAACAUCUACUGCAGCUUCAUCACUUCUGCCAUGAAGAUGUACCGCUAUAUGAAGUCACUCCGGGGCCGUGCGCACCCCGGCCCUGCCAUCAUAACACAGACGAUCCGCGAUUUGAUUUUGCAGACGGCCGGCAUGAUCCAGGCCCGGCGUGCUGGUGAUUCGGAGUCUUCAUUUUCGUGUUUCGUCCAGCGGUACCAUUUGCAGUAUUUGGCUUCUGCGGCAUUUCGAUUUGUGUUGAAGCGCAAGCAAACCCGGUAUGAGGUGGUGCUGCGCUGGCUGAGACUCGCAAACCAAAGAUUCUCGACCCACAUCAGAUUCCGAGACUUUAAGGAUGGCGCAGGUGGUGAAGAAGGGCAAUGCGAUGUUUGA